UAGGGUGAAUAUGAAAAUCAUUUCCUGCGGGCGAGGGCUCUACACACCAGGUUAUCUGCUCCCUGCAUUCUGAAACUGCUGCUGGUCUCAGCUCCACUAGUUUUCCACCAGUGCUCUGUAUCAGAGCGGCAGACUGAAGCUAGCUUGGAAUAGACAUGAUGGAGGCCCGCCCUACUUUGGAGUUUGCCACAGACUUUCCUGAGAGCGACUUCAACUCCAACUACAGCAGCAUGAAUGGGAGCAUGCCCAUGAUAUUUGGGACCUCUCCUUUGGAACAGGCACUGCAGGUUACCUAUGUCACCUUGUCAUACCUUGCUACUCUAGGAGGGAACAUUGGAGUUCUGGUGGUGAUACUGUCCUACAAGCGGCUGAGGAAGCCCAGGUACUAUGUACACUGUAGUUUGGCCUGUUGCGACAUUUUCAUCACCACCGUCUGUAUCCCCACGGUGAUCGUCAACUUGCUGUACCGUGUGAAUGAUCUGGGGUGGGUGUGGUGCCAGGUGCACAGUGCUGUGUACAUGACUAUGUCAGCUUGCACACUGUUCAACCUGGCCAUCAUGGCCAUGGAUCGGUACUAUGUGAUCUGCUGGGCUCUAAACUACCACAACGUCGUCACCACGUCCCGGGUGCUCUCCCUGAUAACGGCUGCCUGGCUAACCUCCAUCCUGUCCGUGGCUGUCUACCAGAUCAUGAGCAGGUUUGCCGACCCCAACCAGUACGUGCCUGACCUCCUCCUCUGCACACCUCGAGUUACCACGGAUUGGGCCAGCCUCAGGUACCAGCUGCCGAUGCUCUGCGUCGCCUCUGCCUUGACAAUCUCAUCCUUUGCUGUCAUCAUUUUCUCCUAUGUGAAGGUCUACCAGCAAGCCAGCAGGCAGCACUCCCUCAUCAAGAGCCAAAAUGAGGGGGAUGAUGUCAAGUUCCUGGAGACCAAAGCCGUUAAAACCAUCACCACUCAUUCCAUCAUAUUUCUCAUCUUCUUUGUAUCCUGGUCCCUCCAUGGGAUAACCAAGCUGCUCCUCGAGAACUGGACAUUCCCCUCAAAUGCACUCAAGGCCGCCAACCGCACAUUUCUGCUUGUUUUCCUGACUAUCCCUUGUUAUUCCAACCCCAUAGUGUACGGCUUUUGUAACGCAGAAAUUCAGGAAGCUUUUCUGGACAUGAUCAAACGGAUUAGAACCAAGGGAAAUGAUGUCUUCAUUGGACAGGGGACCGCCAAUUCAUAUCGUCAAGGACGUGCAAAAAGCUACAGUGAUGAACAAGAUGAAAAUCAAGGUUGUCAAGAAGCAGAACAGGUUUAAGGAAGUACUAGCAAUAUUUGUGCCUACAGUUGGAUCAAUUUAGCAACAGCAGCAUAAUCAAGGAAUGGAACAUUUACAAAUACAGCAGCAGACUAACAGUUGAUGCUUCUUCAGAUUAUUAAACGGCAGGAAUUUGACUUGAAAACAAGACAAUGUUUAUCAUGCUUGCCCUCUGGGAAUAACAAGUGAGUACUUCCAACUUUGUUUAAGACUAUUUUGUCUGGAUAAUUUUCAUAUAAGGCUUUUAAAAUUGAGGAGUACAGCUUGAAGAUAGCAACACUAACUGACAGGGUUUCAGAUGCAAUGUUCUAUGCAUCAUAUACUUAAUCUGAUGAUUAACUUAAUGUAAAAGAUUAUAUACCCCUGGCACAUAAACAACAAAGAAAACAAAGCAUUGAACAUCAAUCUGCAUACCAUAUUAUUGCAAAGCACCCUUAAAAAGCAUACUGGUCAAUGUGAUAUGAAUUUCUGUCAGUAUUUACAGACUGUGACUGCAAAACUCUAUGGAACCAAUUGCCAGAUUGUUACAUAAAUCAUUCUGUUUGCCUUGACUUGGUCACUAAUCAGCUUUUGUCAAGAGAUUGGCUUCCCAAGCUUUUCCUGUUGACUAGAAAUCCUUAGAUGUGGAGAAAUCUGUUAGGCCAGACAAUCUUGAUUUCUUGUCCUUAUAUUGAUUUAAUCUGUUUACUGCAAUUUACAUUGACAGAAUAAGAGAAAUGGGUAAAAACAAUUACCCAAAGCUCUGCCCAUUAUUUCUCUGUGAAGAUAGCAGUGU